AUGGCUCUGAGCUCUCGGGCGCAUGCCUUCUCGGUGGAAGCCUUGGUGGGGAGACCCAGCAAAAGAAAACUACGAGACCCUAGAGAAGAGGCGCAACCUGAGCUGCUCGAGAAAGAGGGUGGAGAGGAGGAGGAGAGAAGGAGAAGCGCCGCCGCAGGGAGGAAGAACGAGCUGCCUGAAAAGCGAUCCAAAGCACAGCCUUUAGCAACUACUUUAGGCUGCAACAGCUUUGGAAGUCUGGAAGAGAAAGAUAUUAUUCAAGUGGAACUUCAAGGAUCUGAGCUGUGGAAGAGAUUCCAUGACAUUGGGACUGAGAUGAUCAUUACAAAGGCUGGCAGGCGGAUGUUCCCCUCUGUUCGGGUCAAAGUGAAAGGACUGGACCCAGGGAAACAGUACUAUGUGGCCAUUGAUGUGGUGCCAGUAGAUUCCAAACGCUAUAGGUACAUCUAUCACAGCUCCCAGUGGAUGAUAGCCGGGAAUACAGACCACUCAUGCAUCACUCCUAGGGUCUAUAUUCACCCAGACUCACCUUGUUCAGGAGAGACAUGGAUGCGCCAGAUCAUCAGCUUUGAUCGUGUGAAACUCACCAACAAUGAGAUGGAUGACAAAGGUCAUAUCAUUCUGCAGUCCAUGCACAAGUACAAGCCCCGUGUGCACGUGAUGAAGCAAGACAGCAGGGUUGACAUGUCCCGGAUUCAGUCUCUGCCUGCUGAAGGGGUUAAAACAUUCUCCUUUAAAGAAACUGAAUUCACCACUGUGACAGCUUACCAAAACCAGCAGAUUACCAAACUGAAAAUAGACAGGAAUCCUUUUGCUAAAGGAUUUAGAGAUCCUGGAAGAAGCAGGGGUGUACUGGAUGGACUUUUAGAGACCUACCCAUGGAGGCCUUCUCUCACUUUGGAUUUUAAAACUUUUAGUGCAGACACGCAAAGUGGAAGCAGCGGCUCAUCCCCAGUGACCUCUAGUGGAGGGGCUCCUUCUCCUUUGAAAUCUUUGCUUUCUCCACCUUUCUCCCCUUCCACAUUUCAUAUACCUACAAGCUCCUUUGGAAUGCCCUGUCCAGAGGUGUACCUACACAAUAUCAACCUGCCCCUUUGCUACAAGAUUUGCCCAACUAAUUUUUGGCAACAGCAGCGUCUUGUCUUGCCUGCUCUUGAAAGUCUAGCAAGCAACAACAGUUCUCAGUCUUCAGCCCCACUCAUGAUGGAAGUUCCCAUGUUAUCUUCUUUGGGAGUCACCAAUUCAAAAAAUGGUUCAUCUGAAGACUUAAAUGGACAGUGUCUACAAGCACCUAAUUCUUCCAAUCAAGUGUAUGAAUUACAGGCACUUGAAAAUAUUUUAUCAUCAAACCCCAUUGUUCAGAAAGCAAUUGGUUGUUCUUUCCAUCCUUCCUAUGGCUUUUAUAGGUACAACUUCUCCACACCACCUGGACUGGUAAAUGCUGCCAGCCAUCUUAAAGUGAAUGACAACAGUCAAGUUUCUUUCAUAGAAGGCAAAUACAGUCACACUCAUUGGCAUCCAAUAAUUAACCAUUGCCUUUAA